AGGUGCCAGUGUGAAACGAAAGUUGACACUGGCAAAGCUUUCUUUGUUCCCAUGGCUUCUCUUCUCUCUCUUCACUCACCAUCUGUUCUCCAACCAAAACCUUCCCCCCCUAGGAUGAUGACCUUGAAUUCCAUUGCUACCCUCGGAAAGUCCUACAAAAUGCGAGUCCCAUACGAGCUGAAGCAGGGGCAGACCCGUCUUUUCCACCAGCUCCCUUCUGGUUUGCAAAUGGAGGUCAUUGAGCAAACAACUGGUGUUGUUGAAGGGAGAAAUGAAAACCCACCUCUGGUAUUUGUACAUGGGAGCUACCAUGCAGCUUGGUGCUGGGCUGAACACUGGUUGCCCUUCUUUUCUGAUUCUGGGUUUCCCUGCUAUGCUCUUAGUCUGCUGGGACAGGGUGAAAGUGACGAACCUCCUGGGACUGUUGCUGGGACUCUCCAGACACAUGCCGGUGAUGUUGCUGACUUCAUUAUGAAAAGACUAAGCUCGCCACCAAUUCUGGUUGGACAUUCAUUUGGAGGGCUUAUCAUCCAGUCUUAUAUUGCAAAAAUGGUUAAUGAACAAUCUUUAGGAAAGGAAAGUGCAAACCCGAAACUUGCCGGAGCUGUGCUUGUGUGCUCUGUACCGCCUUCUGGUAAUAGUGGGUUAGUGUGGAGGUAUCUCUUUACGAAACCUAUAGCUGCUUUUAAGGUCACUCGCAGUUUGGCUGCCAAAGCAUUUCAAACAUCUCUUCCUCUUUGCCGGGAAACCUUUUUCUCUUCAACAAUGGAAGACCAUCUUGUGCAACGCUAUCAGACACUAAUGAAAGAAAGUUCUAGGAUGCCAUUAUUUGAUCUGAGGAAACUGAAUGCAUCCCUUCCGGUUCCAAAAGUGCCCGAAUCUUCCAUCAAAGUUCUUGUAUUGGGUGCAAGCGAUGACUUCAUAGUGGAUGCCAAAGGACUCAGCGAAACGGGUGGGUUUUAUGGUGUAUCACCGGUCUGUAUCGAAGGUGUUGCUCAUGACAUGAUGUUAGACUGUUCGUGGGAGAAAGGUGCAGAAGUUAUACUAUCAUGGGUGAAUGGUCCAAGCAAACUGUAGAUCCGGCACGCCUACGAUUAUGGAAGCUUCUUCAACGUCUUGCUUCACUCGUAACCGAUAUGUAUUAUCCGAAAAUUGAGUUGUUGUGUAUUCAUUGUAGACAUUAACUUAAAGUAGAUUCAACCUUAUGUUUAGAACAAAUUCAGAUUUUUUUUUUGUGGAAUUCAUUUGUAAGUUCAUACUUGUUUAACCCUGAAAACAAUGAGAGCCAUGCUUGAAAUGAUAAAAGUUGAGUGUGGUAUGGGAUUAUAACAA